GUGAUAAAAUGAUAAUUUCCGCCCUAGGGUAUGAAUUACUAAUUUCUUGAACAAAUUGAUGUGGUUGCUGCAAUAUCCACUAUGCAUGAUGUAUUGGAACCAAAUUUUUUUAUUCGUUAAUUCGAGAUUCCUCAAUAUUUUGCUGUCCAAAAAAAAAAAUAAUUACAGCAAUGGGUGAAAGACGACCAUAAAGUUCAUCAAGUCAACUUCACUCAUCACCACCACCACACAAUCCAAAGACUUGCCUUAGCUUCUGCUUCAGAAACCCAGAGAGUACUUUGCAAACUGAUAACCCUUCCCUCUUCCAUCGCCUUUCUUUCUUUGUUCUGAAUUCUGAUCCCAUCUGAUCUGCUGCACUUGAAAUCCCAAUCAUGACUGAAAAACUCUACGGUGGAGCUUACCUCUCUCCCCUUGUUGAUGCUGUUUUGGACAACACGACUUCAAUACUUGAAGAAGACGACUCUUUCCUCGAAAGGAACAACUUACUUCAAAGGUUGCAGACUUGUCUGUAUGAUGUUGGACCUGUUCUUGAUGAUGCUGAGCUGAAGCAGUUCACUGACAAGAGAGUCAAGAAGUGGCUUGUUGAUCUCCAAGAUGCUCUCUAUUUCGCUGAUGACUUGCUCGACGAACUCUCUACUCAAGCCGCUAUUGCUGCCACUCAAAGGGAUCCAGGUAACUCUUCUUCCUGGUCUCGGCUUGUUGAUUCGUAUAUUGAAGAUAAUGGCGACAUGGAAAAAAUAGUUGGCAAACUAGAGUCCGUUGUAAGACGCAAACAUUAUCUUGGUCUGGAGAAGAGUGCCAAGGUGGACAUGUCAUGGAGAAUUCCAUCAACGUCUCUCCUUGAACCAUCAGAGAUAUGUGGCCGUAAAGAAGACAAGGAGGCCAUACUGAAACUGUUGUUGGAUGAUGAUGAUGCUGCUGAUGUUGAUUUAUCUGUCAUUCCCAUUGUGGGCAUGGGCGGAAUAGGAAAGACCACUUUGGCCCAAUUGGUUUACCAUGAUGACAAAGUGGGGAAGAAUUUCAAUUUUCAAGCUUGGGUAUGUGUGUCAGAAGAGUUUGAUAUUGUCAAGGUCACCAAGACUAUAAUCGAGGCAAUAACUUCGAGUUCUUGUAACUUGACAGAUUUGAAUUUACUUCAGCUUGAUUUAAAGGAAAAGUUGUCUAGGCAAAAGUUCUUUGUUGUCUUCGACGAUGUUUGGAAUGAAAAUUAUGAUGAUUGGAAUAGGCUUCUAAAACCUUUUCAGAAAGGGGUUAAGGGAAGUAAAAUUCUCAUAACUACUAGAAGUAAAAAGGUGGCUUCUGUAGUGCAAACCGUUUCACCUCUUGAACUGAGUUCAUUGUCUGAUGAAGAUUGUUGGUUGGUGUUUUCAAAGCAUGCAUGUCUUUCAACUAUUUCUAUGGAGAAUCCAACCCUGGAAAAUGUCAGCAAAGAGAUCGUAAAGAAGUGUGGUGGAUUGCCCUUGGCAGCUCAAGCUCUUGGAGGCUUAUUGCGUGGAAAUUCUGAUGUCAAGUAUUGGAAUCAUAUAUUGAAGAGUGAGAUCUGGGAACACUCCGAUAGCAAAAUAAAUGUUGUUCCAGCAUUAAAAAUAAGUUAUUACUUUCUUCCUUCAUAUUUGAAGGAAUGCUUUGUUUAUUGUUCCUUGUAUCCCAAGGACUACGAAUUUAGCAAAGAUGAAUUGAUAUUGUUAUGGAUGGCUGAGAAUUUUUUGCAACCAGUAGGUAAAAAGACUAUGGAAGAAGUUGGUGGUGAAUAUUUUGAUGAAUUAAUUGCGAGAUCAUUUUUCCAACCUCAUCAUACUCGCCAAAAGACGAUUUUCGUACCUCCCCACAAGACGUUUGUGAUGCAUGAUCUCGUGCAUGAUUUAGCAAUGAUCUUUGCUGGAGAAUUCUAUUUCAGAGCUGAAGAGUUUCAGAAUGCAAGUGAGGUUGAUAUUAAAACUCGUCGUUUGUCACAUAUUGCCAAUGGCAAUUAUCCAAUGUCAAAACUUUUGGGAGUUUGUGAUAGAGUGAAUCAUACAAGGACAUUUCUUGAAAUCAAUUUGAACGCGUGGAUUCCAUUCAAUAUGGAAAAUGCACCUUGUAUCUUGUUGUCAAAGUUGCAGUACCUGAGAGCAUUGUCGUUCAAAUGCUUUCCUCUUGAGUCACUGCCGGAUUCAAUAGGUGGAUUGAUUCAUCUACGUUACUUGGAUCUGUCUCAGACCUGCAUAGUGACAUUGCCAGAGUCAUUGUGUAACCUGUACAAUUUGCAGACUUUGAAGCUGGUUGAAUGCCGGGAACUACAUAUUCUUCCUGUUGGGAUGAAAGAUCUUAUGAAUUUGCGUCAUCUUGAUACUAGAGGGACUCAUUUGUAUGAGAUGCCAAAAGGCUUAAGUAAAUUGAAAAACUUACAGUUUUUAAGUGACUAUGUUGUCGGGAAACAUGAAGAAAACAAGAUUAAAGAAUUGGGAGCACUUGCAGAUCUACAGGAAUCUAUUUGCAUUGGCAAAUUGGAGAAUGUGGUGAGCAGCAGUGAAGCUUUGGAGGCAAGAAUGUUUGAUAAAGAUGGAAUUGAGUCUUUGACGUUGGGUUGGCAGCCAGAUGAAGAUGAAAAUAUAGUUGAUUCCCAAAUUGUAAGAGAGAUACUGGACAAGUUGCAACCUCACAGAAAUUUGAAAGGACUAAAAAUCUGGAAUUACAGGGGUACAACAUUUUCAGAUUGGUUAGGAAAUUCUUCUUACCACAACAUCACCAGGGUAGUUCUGUAUCUUUGCAGGAAUUGUUGUAUGCUUCCUUCACUUGGACAGUUGCCCUCUUUAAAGCACCUUGAAAUUGGAUUUUUUGAUAGUCUGGGGAUUGUGGGUGCUGAGUUUUACUUUUCCCUGAAAGAUGAAUGUUGUUUGGAGACACCACCGUUUCCAAAGCUCGAAACUCUCUCGUUUUCGUCAAUGGAUUGCUGGAAGGAGUGGCGUUCAUUGGAGUUCAAUGCAUUCCCUCGACUUAGGGAGCUUAAAAUAAGUUCGUGUCCGAUGUUGAGUGGAGAUUUGCCCAAUCAUCUACCGUCUUUGCAAUCACUUGAGAUUGAGAAUUGCGAGCAGCUGAGUUUUUGUGUUCCAAGAGCUCCUGCAAUGACCUCUUUAAUCAUAAAAGGCGGGAAUGAAGUGAGAAUUGGGGAGCUACCUCCUUUACUACGUCAAAUAUCAAUUGAAGGAAGCCAUCAUCAAGUGGAGUGGGUUGUGGAGGCCAUUAGGCACACGCAACUGAGUUGCCUGACGUCAUUAUCCAUCGCAGGUUGUUCCACCCAAAUAUGGUUUCCAGUGAGUGGUAUUCCCGCAUCACUACAAGAGUUGAUGAUUCGGGAUUGCAGAGAAUUAGAAUUCGAAAUGGAUGGGCAACAUCACUCGCUGCAGAAACUAUCAAUACAGAACAGCUGUGAUUCGGUUACAUCCUUCUCAUUGUUGGAUGCCUUUCCGAAUCUCAAGGAUGUUGGAAUCAUAAAGUGUGAAAAGAUGGAGUCUAUUGUGGUGUCAGGGUCUCUUUCAUGUCUCCGUUCUUUAGAUAUCAAGAAUUGUGGGAGUUUGAAAUCCGUGUCAAGGCUAUGGAUGGCAGCACCUCAGCUAGAAUUACUCGUAUUAGUGGGUUGCCCAGAGAUGGAUUUGUCUGCUACAGGGGAUGGGGAUCCACACCGUAGCCUGAGAAAUCUUGCCAUCGACUACAGCAAGAAACUGGUGAGCUCUGCAGCAUUCAUGAAUUCGCAGUUUCAUGGGCUUACUCAACUUACCGUUGUAGGUGGAAACGACAAGAGUGUGAGUGUGAAGUGUUUCCCAAAGGAAGGUUGGUUGCCUGCCUCGCUUGAGUCUCUCACAUUGUAUGACAUUAAAAGUGUGGAGACGUUGGAAUGCAAGGGACUUGCCCACCUCACCUCCCUCCAAGAAUUAUGUAUUUAUCAUUGUCCCAAGUUGGAGAACAUUGAGGGAGAAAAGCUGCCUGCCUCUCUAACACAACUCAUCAUCUGUGGAACUCCUUUGCUGGGUAAACGGUGUGAGUUGAAGGACCCACAGCUUUGGCCCAAAAUUUCCCACAUCCCCCACAUUCAAGUUGAUUGGAGAUGGAUUUAGUAAUCUAACAACUUCAACAGAAUAUACAUGAACCCAACAACACAACUUCUCCAGCUAUGCUUUUGCUUUUACUGCAUGAAUAAUAUUGAGUCAUUGCAAUACACACAGGUGAGAGUGAAACUUCCAUGGAGAAAGCAAAUGAGCAACAAGAGAGAGCCACAAUCAUGGACACAAUUGAGCAAGUGUUCAUUGCAUUGGAAAAUUUAAUACAUUAGCUUCUUUAUUUUCUUUUGGAACCUACCCUUCUGAAGAUUGAGACUUUUGGUUUUGGUAUUUACUUUUUAGAAAUUUCAUGGUCAUGGUUCUCUUUGAAAGAUUCAUGUUGGUACAUUCUUUUACAGACAUAUAGUUGUUUUUUUGAGAUUUUUGAAUUUGAUUUGAAUGUGUCAUAUGCUACUAUAUUGGUGAAUUACCUUGGCGUUUAUAUAUUGGAGCAUUGUGAUUAAUUGUUUUACAC